AUGGCUGCAAAGACAAUGAGCUUGGUGUGGAUUGGUUCAAGAACAGUUCCUCGAGACCCUAAAGAAUGGAGAUUGAUUAUCUGCGAUGAACGCGCUACUCAUUGUUUUGAGAAGUUCCAAUUACUUUUCUUUGCUAAUAAAGUUCAUGUGGUGUAUUUCUCGGCACAUAUAUUACAGCCUUUGGAUCUCGUUAUCUUCUAUACUUUGGAAAGCAGCUAUUCACAGCAAUGGCUGAGUUAUGCAAAGUCUUUGAUUCACGGGCCAUUGACAAACCACAUUUUAUUGAAGCCUACGAAAGAGUACAUGAGGGAGCAUUUUCUCGGGACCAUAGCGAGAAAGCGUGGGAAGUGGCAGGGGUAUUUCCAUUCGACCUUGAUGGAGUUCAUCAAUAGUAGUUUGGUUAAGAAGUGUGCUGACUUACAGGAGCUUUUUAGUAUUCAUAUAACACCUCCGACGAGCCCGAUUCAAAGUGAGGCGUUCUGA